UUCGAUCCGGUUCGACUCAGCUUGAAACGACGAGUCGGCCACGAGGGACCAGCUCCGCUUCGGUGCCACUGGAGGAAAGCCGAGAGCAGCCAAGAGACGACGGAGCGACGAACGGAAGCGAAGGGCUUGUUUCCAUCGCGCCGUCGGUGGAUCGCAAGCCAACCGGCUCAAUCGAUCGCCGCGGCGGAUAUUAGGAGGGGUCGCGUGGACAGAGAGGGCGUCGUAGGGCUCGAUCGCGGGCGCGAUGGAGAGGAGAGAAGAAGAAGAAGAUGAGGAGCAGAAGAAGGAGGAGGCGCGAGCCGGCGCGGGAGGGAAGAUGACUCGGCGACCGUUCCGGCUGAGGGCGCCGCCAACGCCGUACGAUCGCCCGCCGGCUGCUGGGGGGAAGGAGCGGCGGGAGGGGGACGGCUGGGUCUCCAAGAUCCUCGUUCGGCCUGCUUCUACGAUAAUCCCUUCCCUCUUCUCCCCCUCCCCGUCCGCCGCCUCCAAUCAAGACUACCCCCCGCUCUCCGAAUCCUUCCUCGGAACCAGGCAAGAUGAUGCUGAUAGGGUUUCCUCUCCUGAUAACCAAGUACUACAGGCAAAGGAUCGAGGUGUUUUUGCUGAAAAAUCCCAGCCUUUUGGUGAUCCAGAGGUCCAUCAGCUUUCAGGCGAUGAAGCCAGAAAUGUGUGUGAUAGUGGUGGGAUUGCUAGGUUGCCUUAUUUAGUCUGCAUCAGAAUUUUCAGAUCAGAUGUGAGAAUACAGCAAGCAUCAGAUCUUGUAUUACAGUGUUGGAAACACUCAUCUAAAGCAGUCUGUUCACUUUUUAAAAAUCCUGCCACCAGAAAAUCUAUUACCAGACAGAAUUUGUUCGUCUCAUGUAUUCUAAUUCAUCUUAACUUGGAAUCUAUGAUCAGUACCUGGUUGGCAAUUGUUGGUGCAUACAAUAUAGUCAAGGUGAUUAGCAUGUUAAACCUCUUGUUCCUGUGCAGAGAGCAGUCCAACUGUUUAAUGAAGUUACUGUUGUCAAGGACUAGAGAUCUUUCCCAUGAUAAUCGACCAGCUGCAGGUUUUGUUACAAAAGCUGAUGGCACAUUGAACCUAAAGGCUCCAAGGAAAUCUGCACAGUCUGCUGUGCUGCCUGAGCAGCGGAUAACACCAAAGCCUCGGGAAGCUUCUGAAAUGAGAGUAGCACAUGAUGUUGGUUCUUCACCAGUUGAAAUUGCCAAAGCCUACAUGGAAGCUCUAGCAAAUGAAUCUAACCACAACUCUCAUGAUGGAAGAUUAGAGCUUGAGAAAGCAACGUUUGACAAUUGUGCGUCUGCAUCAGACAUGUCCUACUCAUCAGAUGUAAAGUUGCCUAUAUGUUGGCCAGGAGCAUUUGUGGAGAGCAGUUAUCGUUAUCAUACUCCUCAAACUCAUAGGACAAAGGUUGAGCCAUACAAAUUUCAAAGGACUCCUUACUAUGGUUCAAAUUUCUCAAGAUCGAAGUUUCAAGCUGGUGAUCAGAGUCCACAAAUUGUUCCAUUGUCUAGGUGGAAAAGAUCUACUACUUUUGGUGGUGUAAUGGUUCCCGAGAAGUAUAAUGAAUCAACUCCUUCCAAAGAAUUUGGCACUUCAAAUCUUGCUAAUUUUCGCUUAAUGUCGUCAGCAACUUCAAAUGAUAAGAACUUGCCAUCCCCUUUGGGGAUGACAUCUGAGAAAGAUUCAUUGGCAUCUAGCUUGAACUUCCAGGCUGCUGAAGGUUCCAAAUACAAUAUUGGUCCUUCAUCUGUUCAUCCAAAAUCCAGUCAAAUGGCUCGGAAAAUAUUAGAGCACCUUGAUAGAACAGUUCCUUCGCCCAAAGAGAAAAUGGUACAGUUGAAGCUGGAAAAAACAGGGACCAAAGAUUUCUUGAACUCUGCUUGUUUAGCUAUGGAUGGGCGUGAGAAGAGAACUGAUGUGAGUAUCAUUGCUGAUGACAAGCCAAACUCACUCAGUAUGGAUACUGCUGCAGCAGAAGAGGCUACAACCAGGCUAAUAAUGGACAAUAAUCAUGAUAAGAGACCAUCCAUUACUCCGAAUAGCACCAAUCAGAGCAUAUUGAGGGCCAUGGAGAAAACUUCUGAAGGCUUCGCGUUCACAUUUCCUGUUUCCACUCCGAUAAAUGCUCCUUCCCAAGCACCACCAACGCCUACCAUGACCUCAUCGCCAGCAGUUUGCAGAAUGCUUAGCAACACUGAAGAUACCAUUCCAUCGUUUACCUUUAGCUCACCUAGAGCGGACAACGGCCUUGUUUUCUCCUUCGGAUCCAUUUCAAGCCCGACUUUGACGGACACUACCACCCUGCAAUUUAAGUUUGGAUCUGAAAAGCAGCGAAACUUAUCUUUCAGUUCUACCAGCAAAGAUACCUAUGGGCUUUGGGUUGGUAGUUGAUGGUUUUCUCUUCGAGUAGGUAUUAUGGUUAGGAUAGGUUGUCGAUAUCCAUACAGCAUGUUGUAACUACAGUUAAUUGGUUCUAAGCAGACCAUGGAGUCUGCUUCGUCGAGCUACAAAUUGAGAAAACAUCAUGUCCCUUUUUUCUCAAAAGACUGUUAAAGAUGAUGUUUACCAAA